CUCGGGGGCAGUCCAGGCACCACCGGCAGGGCACUCUGGGCAGCUGGGUGAAGGCCCAUCUGGGCAAGCCUCCCCCUGCGGCCGUCUUCUCUGGGGCCCCGCAGCAGGCCUGCCCGCUUCACUUUCGGGUUUCUCCCAGUGUCUUCCUGCUCCUGUCUGCUUCCCCAUCCUGCCAGGUUUCCAUCUUCCUGUUUCCCUUCCUGGGCUGGUGGCAGUGGGGUGCUGUGCCCGGUGGGACCCUCGGAGAUGCUCAGUGCUCUGGAUUGCCGGGACCGGCCCCCUGAAGAGGGGACAGCUGCAAGGCUCCAGGGCUUCGCCGUGGACAAGACCUUCCUCUCCUCCCUCAAAGGCAUCCUGCUGGAAACUGAGCUGGCCCUGACAUUCAUCAUCUUCAUCUGCUUCACGGCCUCCAUCUCCGCCUACAUGGCGGCUGCGCUGCUGGAGUUCUUCAUCACGCUCGCCUUCCUCUUCCUCUAUGCCACCCAGUACUACCAGCGCUUCGAUCAGCUGAACUGGCCCUGUCUGGACUUCCUCCGCUGUGUCAGCGCCAUCAUCAUCUUCCUGGUGGUCUCCUUUGCGGCCGUGACCUCCCGGGAUGGAGCUGCCAUUGCUGCUUUUGUUUUUGGCAUCAUCCUGGUUUCUGUCUUUGCCUACGAUGCCUUCAAGAUCUACCGGACUGAGAUGGCACCCAGGGCUUCCCAGGAUGCGGGCCCUGGCCCCCGAACCCUGCCUGAACCCGGAACUCUGGUAGAGGUACUCUGCUUCCCUUGGGGAUAACCUCUCUUGGCCUGGCUUUUCCUCUCUCCGGGCUCCUGUUCUCCUGUUCUCACAUCCUGGCUCCCUCCUGAGCUGGUGGCCUCUCCAGGGCUAGAACCAACCAGCUUUUGUGUUUCUCUGGUCUCCUCUCACAGUCCUUAGGACUUUAAUGACAGAUCAUUCUCAAGAUGGGUGACUGACCUUGGGCAGGGGGCGGUCAAUGCCUCAGGGAGGGAUAGAAAGGGCUUAGCCAGGGGAGUCCAGAAGACAGGGGUCCAGUGAAGGGAUGAGAAGGUGGUCAGGAGAGCCUGGCCGUAAAGCCCAGCAGGGGGCAGGGAGCAGAGUGGGGUCCCCUGUCCCCUGAGCAGCUGCGUCACCCCAGCCAGCCUGUCCCUGGUGGGAGCUCAGCGAAAACAGAAGUGUGCUUUCUGGUGCAAACCUGCAUGUGCCCUGCUCACCUGUGUCUGUGUGAGAGGUCAAAAUGAGACAAGUGGGGCCAAUUGGUCCACACUGCACAUCAGCUCAGCUUGGCAUCAGCUGGCCCCAGAAUCUCAGGAUGCCCUUACAGUGAGCCAUAACCCACAGACCUGGGCCCCAGCCAACUGCACCCAGGGCAGAUUGGGGAGGGCUCCCUGUGGGUUACUUCUAAGGGGAUGACCAAAAAGGGACCUGUCCCACCCUCUUUAUCCACAUCUCCAUCCCCAGCCAGCUCUGAGCCUCUCCUGGCAUCAAUGGGGAAUUCAUUUUGGGGGGAAUGAAUGUCCCAGGACACCUUUAACCCCUGUGGCCUCAGAGGUGGGGUAGGUGGAGGGUAGCUUCAGCUUCGGCACUAAAAUUCUAUCUCCUAUAUCUAGAACUGGCUCACCCUCUGGUGCCUUUGUUUUCUCCCCUUUUGAAAUUUCUCCCUUUGGUGCCCUGUGUGGUUGGCUGAGCAGACCUGAGACUCAUGGCACUGCUGCCUCAGGGAGAACACCUCACCUCUCUGGGCCUCUGUUUCCUCCUUGAUAGAUGUGCAGGGUCUUGGCUCCCCCAGCUCUGACACGGGGGUGGGGCCCCCCUCCCCCCAGUGGCUCCAGGACAGCUCCUGGCUGGCGGCUGGAAGGACAGGGGCUCAGGCAGAGUCUGGCACUCAUUUUUAUUGUGCGUUAGCAAGAGCGAGCUUCCAUGGCAGUGUCACUCCUCGUCGUGCAUUUUUUGCUGAGAAAGAAUAAAAGGUGUGAGGGGGCAGCUGGCCUGAGGGAGGAAGGGUGUGGGGAGGAGUCUCCAGGGCUUUUGGGGGCCUACCCGAGGUGCCCUUAGGGGAAGGGGUUCAGCCCUCAGGGAUCUUGAGGCCCCAUUUAGGGGUCCUUGUGGUUUAGGGGAAUGUGACUGAGCUUUCUAAGGAGGUUCCAGUCUGUAAGGGGCUUCUCUGAGCAGGAGUGGGGAUUCUCGGGUAUGGGGACUGUGGGACCCUUGGGGCUAACCAAAUACAGGGUGAGGAGUGCCCACUCUGAGGGGCACUGACGUUGGGGUGUGCGCUGCUCUGGGAGUGAGUAGUGGGGUCUGGGGAGGGACCCACCUUGGCG